GCUCGCUUGUUAUUUAUCGGGCAGCGUCAGGAAUCAUUUCACACUAUAGAGCCAGAACCCUUCAGAUUGGCCUCUUUCUCUUUCAACUUCUCAUUUCUUUCUCAAUUUAUAUAACUGAACAUGAUAACUGAGAAGUGUUUCGCCAAAGGUAGUGCCAACCCGGGCCCUGUGCCCAAAGGGCGCAUCAGACUCUACAGCAUGAGAUUCUGCCCCUUUGCCCAGAGGACCAGGCUUGUGCUUCAUGCCAAAGGAAUCGAGUAUGACACCAUCAACAUUAACCUAAAAGAAAAGCCUGAGUGGUUCCUAGAAAAGAAUCCUCUUGGGCUAGUUCCAACAUUGGAGACACCCAGUGGCCAAGUUGUAUAUGAGUCUCCAAUCACCUGUGAAUACCUGGAUGAAGUUUACUCUGAGAAGAAACUGCUGCCUUCUGAUCCCUUUGAAAAAGCUCAACAGAAGAUGAUGCUGGAAAAGUUCUCCAAGAUAACACCAUACUUCUAUAAGAUUCCCUUGGGGAGAAAGAAUGGUGAGAAUGUUUUGGGGCUAGAAGGGGAACUAAGGGAGAAGUUAACCAAAUUAAAUGAGGACCUGAUCGAUAAGAAAACUAAGUUCUUUGCUGGUGAUUCUACCUCAAUGAUUGAUUACAUGAUGUGGCCAUGGUUUGAAAGGCUUCAGAUAUUUGAGUUGAAGCACUGCUUGGACGGAACACCAGAGCUUAAGAAGUGGACAGAACGUAUGUCAGAGGACCCCAGUGUCAAAGCCACCAUGCAUAGUGAGGACACCUACAAGGCUUUCUACAAGACUUACGUUGACGGGAAACCAAACUAUGACUACGGCCUGUAGAUAAGAGCCCCUGAAGCCUUUAACCGUCCACUUAAAAAAAUUCUACUCAUUUCAUCCCAAGUCUGGAGUCAUAGGGUUAAUUUUCACCUGUUUCCAAAAUGAAAAAUUUCCAUCAAACACUAAAAUAAUGUCUACAUUUCAGUUAGACAAUGAUGAAGGGUAUAACUUUCUAAAAGUACACCGCAGAGUCAGAAUUCUGUCACAGGUGGUGGAUAUAUCACUUUAGUGCUAGAGGUGUGGUGUCUUGCAUUUGAAGAUGAUGUGUUAAUUUGUUUUCAAAGUCUAACAUAGAAGAUAUGUUUAUGUUGAAUUCAAAGUCGUCCUCUCUUUUCAUGCAAUAAAUGCGGAACAGCUCCACGGUCUGAA